CAGGGAGGACGAGUAGUGAACCUAAUCUGCCUCCCCCCGUGCUGUUUUUUUUUUUUUUUUCUCCUCCUUUGUCAACUGUGGUUUUGAGGGAAGGGGAUGAAUAUUCGUAGAGGGUUUCGUAGGGCUGCCUACCUUCUACUUAAUCUGGGACCGUCUGGCACGCCUCUCUUCACUCUUUACCUCACGACGAAAGAAAUAUUCGUCCGGCGUUACGCUUUUAGUCACAGAGAGAUGUCGGAGGAUGCGCGUCAAUACCUUAUUCUUCUCUUUUCUCUCCCACGGAGCCCGUCUUUGAAUGUUUUACCCUAAGCAUGAAUGGGGCUGCUUGAGGAUUUACGACCCUUUUCAUCGCCGCCGCCGGCGGUUUUUAAGGCAAUAAGGAGCCCAUCGAUAUUUAAACACAUGAACAAAAAGCGUUAAGUGUCUAUGAAGGGCGUUACGGGACUGCUACGCAAAGCCAUCGCGGUUUAUGGAGAUUUUUUUCCUUUUGUUUAAAUUUUCGGCAUGUUCUCAUACAGCUUAAUAUGAGCUGUGCCUUUGUUGGUAGGAUUAAAUCAGACUGCAUCAUCUAAAUGAAGUUACCCAGCCAUGCAAUGUUCCUGGAAGGCUUUGAUUCUGCUUGCAUUGGUGUCAAUAGCGAUCCAAUACACAGCAAUCAGGACUUUCACAGCCAAGCCUUUUCAUAUGUGCCCGGUUGCUAACCCUUUGAACUGCGGCUUGGGACUGGAUGUGGAGCCCUUCGAUCGGACGUGUGACGAGUACCCGUAUUUCAAUUACAAUUCCUCCAGGAAGAUUCACAUCCUCAUCUUGGCGACCACCCGAAGCGGCUCGUCUUUCGUUGGACAGCUGUUCAACCAGCACUCAGAUGUGUUCUAUCUUUUUGAACCAAUCUAUCACAUUCAAACUACCUUAAUCCCUCACCUUUCUCCCAGCAGAUAUGCUGUCGAGCGCAGGGUGAUGCUGGGAGCCAGUCGUGACCUUCUGAGAAGCUUGUACAAUUGCGACUUGUAUUUCUUGGAGAGUUACAUCAAACCGCAGCCUGCAAACCACACCACGGACAAACUCUUUCGACGAGGAGCCAGCAAAGCCCUUUGCUCCAUGCCGGUCUGUGAUGCCUACAGCCCCAGCGAUGGCAAUAUAGACGAGGGGGAUUGCGUUCGAAAGUGUGCCUCCCUCAGCUUGACCCUAGCUACCGAAUCGUGUCGAGAAAGACGCCAUGUGGCCAUUAAAACAGUGCGCAUACCGGAGGUCAGUGACCUCAAGGCGCUAAUCGAAGACCCUCGACUUAACCUGAAAGUGAUCCAGCUGGUGAGGGACCCGCGUGGGAUAUUAUCUUCACGGAUUGAAACCUUUAGGGACACGUACCGCCUGUGGCGAAUCUGGAGAGCCACAGGGCGUAAACCCUACAACUUGGAUUUGAGCCAGCUCACAACAGUGUGCGACGACUUCCUGAACUCAGUGUCCACAGGCUUAAGCCGGCCACCGUGGCUUCGGGGAAGGUACAUGCUGGUGAGAUACGAGGACCUGGCAAGGAACCCACUCCAAAAAACCAAGGAGGUUUACGAAUUCCUGGGUCUUUCCAUGGAAAAGAGCGUGGUGGACUGGAUACACAAUAACACUAGAGGCAAUAAUGAUUUGUCAGCAAAGCAUAAGUAUGGCACAUUGAGGGACUCAGCGGCCAAUGCGGAAAGCUGGAGGUUGAAACUGUCUCAUGACAUAGUUGAUUACACACAAAAUGUUUGUCAGCACAUUUUAGACGAACUUGGCUACAAAGCUGUCAACUCCCCCGAGGAGCUGAAAAACUUGUCGCUCUCGCUCAUUGAGGACAAAACCUUCAUUCCUUUUUUGUAACAAAGGUAACGGUGUGCACGCCCGGCUAUUUUUUUACAUUUAUAUUUUUGCCUUAAUGUGAUUGACAUUUGCACUAUGAACUGUUUUUGUACUUUGGAGACCCCCCUUGCAGUCACCCUAUGAUUUUCUGAACAGCACAAGAACCAAAACACUUAGCUGUAAAGAGAUCGGAACUUGAACUUUAAUGCUCAUUAUUUAUAUACUGGAACAGAGCACCACACUAUUGACAAAAAUUUCUGUAUGCUGGUCAUUGCUUCGACAAAAGUGAAUGUGAAGGACCCAAAAACAAUUUUCAAGAAAAGCAGACCUAAUGUGGACUGAAAUGCUGUCAUGUAUAAUAACAGCCGUGCAAUAAAAUUGUGAAUGUUACAGUCCAGACUAUUUCUCAGGUUGUUUCUCAGUGUAAAUUAUUGACUACCACAAUUUGGAAUGAAGUUUAAAGGAAUAUUUCAGUUUCAAGUUUUAAGUUAAACUCAGUCAACAGCAUUUGUGGCACAAAAUUCAUUACCACAAAAAUGUAUUUUGACUUGUCCUUCCUUUUCUUUAAAAAAAGCAAAAGUCUGGUUACAGUGAGGCAAUUACAGUACAACGAAAGUGAAUUGGGCCAAUCCGUAAAUGUUAAAACACUCACUGUUUCAAAAGUAUAGUCACAAGAUGUAAACAAUAUGCAUGUAAACAUGAUUUUCUGUGCAAAGUUACAUCCAGUUUUACAACAAUAAACUCAAAAAAGGCUCCUGUAAAAAUGAUGAUUUAGACAAUUUUACAGCUUAAAUAAUACACAAGUUUUUAAAGUGCUUUUAUUAAAUUAUAAGCAUCAAAUUUCUGCCAUUAAACCCCUUAAAUAAACAAUUAAAAAAAAAAAAAAAAUCUUCCAUGGUAAGGAAAAAAAAAAUGUAAUUUUAUUUAUUUAUUUAUUUUUUUUCAAGAAAAGGAGGGAACUUCAAAGUUAUCAUUAGUCAAAAUUAUUUUUGUGGUAAUCAACUUUAUACCACAAAUGCUGCUGAUUGAGCUUAACUUGUAUUGAACAUCCCUUCAGGAUUGUAUAUGGUUUGCUUUGCUUUUAGAAUGCAUAAUGAAUUUUUUUCAAAUAGGGUAACUGAAAGUAAACUUGUGCUCUUAUAUCUGCUUGUUUUGUUUUGGUUGGUUAUGUUUUACAAAUAAAUUGUAAGAAUCAGUUACUACUGUUACAACACAAUAAUAAGAAGGUUGUUAUAUCUUGCUAGAUGUCAUAAUUCCACUACAGCGAAACACAAUGCUAUACAGUUUAUAGCAUGGAAAAAUAAUAGUUAUAUAAUUUAUAUAAUAUAAUAUAUAAUUUUAUAUAAUAUAAUUUAGAAAUUUCCAUAUGAAAUGCAUGGUAUUAUUCAUUCUUUAGUGGAUCUCCCUUAUCAUCAUAUCACUAAUUUGUGUCUUUCAUUGAUUCAGUGCAUACAGAUAUUUAGUGUCCAUGGGAAAAAUAUUUGGCUCAGUGUAUGUAAAAGAGAUUUUUGCUAUUUUUGAAUUCUUAAUAAAUCUAGAAACAGAAAUGAGAUGCUAUCACUUGCAAAACAUGGUACACUUUUUAUCUAGUGUAGAUAACUGAAGACAGACUAUUUCUUACAUUGUGCCUGCUAUAAUUUGUGUAUGUGACUUUGGCAUUGUCACAUUGACCUUAAUUUGCUUUAAUCCUUCUUUGAUUUUACAUAAU